AUGAUACAGUUGUUAUUGACUGCACUCUCAACUUCACAUACAGAUGAUGGUAAGAGCAAUAACCAGGCAGCUGAUGAUGUGGUACAAGACAAUCAAAAAACUGAAGACCUUCUACAGGGUUUGAAGCACUUUGAGAUAGCAUUACUUCUACAGGAUAACAGGUAUAUCGACAACAUCCUAAGCAAGGAUGAUACGACUGAGGUCACCAGAAUAGUUUCUGACUGGAGAGGAGAUGGACAUCAGCGAGAAGCAGAGAGUGACUGUGCUUCAACAAAAGAUGCAGAUGUACCAAGUAUCAGUGAUACAAAUGUUGAAUGGGAAAAGGUACAGGACGAGUUUUUACAACACUUGAAAGACGCCAAUAGUGAUCACCCCGAAGAUGGUCCUGCACCCGAUUCUCGGGGUGAAAAGUCAGUGCUGAACAACCUGACAGUUCUCUAUAAUAAGAAGAGGCCUGCACAGGCGGGUGACAAGAGGCUAAAUUUGAGUGUUGACAAAGCAACAAAGAUGUUGAAAGCUGCUGUGAAGUCCUCAGAGCUGACUUUUUCAGCACUCAAUUUAAUAUCACAUUCACAGGAUGAAAUCAAGUGCAUCUAUUUCUCCAACUCCAUUGAUGGCCAGUUCUACGAAAGCUUAGUACCAACACUCUCAUUAGAUGCUUGCCAUUUGUCUUUGUACAAUAGUCAGGGGUACAAAGAGGAUUUUCGUACAUUAUACACUAUUGUUGGCCAGGCUGGGUCCAAGGGACUUGUUCCCCUGGGUAUGAUGCUUUCAAAGAAUGCAGAGUGUGGAUUAGAAUGGUUCACCUUCCUAUACACAUUCCUCAAGAAGAAUGAUGGAUCGCAUUGGAAGAAGUUACGGGAAUCUCUACAAUUACACAAUGAUAGUAUCACUGAGGAGAGCAUUCCCCCAUUACAAAUCAUAUCAGAUCAGGAUAAGGGUAUCAAGAAGGCCUUGAAUAUGUUGAGACCCCGGUGUGGUGUUCCGAUUGAGAGCUUCGCAUGCUCCAAACACGUCGAAAGAAACCUCUUCAAGUACACAAUCGCAAAGCAUAGAAGUUCCACUAAUCCAAGAAGCUAUGAAGGGGGUUUCUUUGAGAGGCAUAAGAAGGAGAAAGUUAACAGUACCUAUAAUCUUAUCACCAACACCCAAGACUGUGCUAGAGGUCUUCAACUUUACAAUUCGGUAACUCCAAGGUUUGAUAUCAUGACAUCCCAUCAUUGUGAGAUUUUGAAUGCAGAGAUGUUUGUGUUUAGGCGAUUGAACCCAACCAAUCUCAUUCUCGAAGUGCUGUCGAUGCAGUGUGAGAAGGUGAAAAUGGCAGAGUAUAUGUCCUGUGAUUGGAAAACAGUGAGACAGAUGCCUCAAUAUGAUGAUGAAAUGAAUUAUGCCAGCGAUUUCGAUGACGGGAGCGACUCAGAUGAUGCAAGCAACUUUGCUGAUGAAGAGGACGAACCAGAACAUGCGGAGAUACCCACGAACUAUGGCUAUUUCUUGUACUCAACAACCAUUAUCACUUCUUGUUGUCUAAAUAGCAAAGACACUAGUGUAACCGUUGAUGAGAGUUCACCUGGAACCAAAAUGACGACUCACAAGCAUAGCGUAUUGUGGGACUGUGGUUUGUCACUUAGGGACCUUUUAAAGGUGCUGUGA